UCAGCUGUGUAGCAGUCAUUGUUCGUAUCAUCCGUAUUGGCAGGCAUACAAGAAUCCUGUUUUUUCGUGGAUUUAUUUGCUUUGUACGGGGAACGUUGUUCGUAGGUAAAGAAAGAAGUAAGCGCGCGUGUGGAUUUUCUAAACGUAAGGAGGAAAUAAAAAAAAGGAGGGAGGCGAGAAGAACUUUCCCGUGCAACGUAAUCGUGGCUGCGUGCGUGCUUCAGCCCCAGCCACAGCCCCACCAACGAACUCGAGAGGGACAAUAAUCGUGUGAAAAACGGGGCGGUACGCGCAUAAGCCUGGCCUCGAGCGGCGAGUCGGACGACGGUGGACUCGCUCCGCCACCGCGCAAAAGGUCCCGUAGUUCUCUCCCGGCUACUCUAAGACCAGCGGACGAGCACCACUCCAAUCCAGAGAUGGAGAACUAUCGCGUAAUGCAGCAGCAGGCCUCAAACGGUGGAGUUUCUUCUGGGCUGCAACAGAACGGAGCUACGGCUGACACUGGGGGACCACACGCUAAUGGCAAUGUGAUACCGGAAUCCGAUAAUGACAUCAAUGGUGUGAAUGGGGAAACUAAUCCAAGUUUAGGACCUCCAAAAAUAAUGGACAAAACUAAUCAGGACAUUGUGAGACUCAUCGGGCAACAUUUGAAAACUGUUGGACUAGACCGCACAGCAGAUCUACUUAUGCAAGAAUCAGGCUGUCGGUUGGACCAUCCGGCAGCUGCAAAGUUUAGACAGCAUGUUAUGGAUGGAGAUUGGAACAAAGCAGACCAUGACCUUAAUGAAUUGAAGUCCUUUUUAAAUGGUGCAAGUCAGAGCUUGGUGGAAAUGAAAUUCCUACUCUUAGAGCAAAAGUAUCUGGAAUAUUUGGAGGAAGGCUUAGUACUAGAAGCUUUACAGGUUUUACGCAAUGAAUUGACACCCCUGGGCCACAAUACGGGCCGUGUUCAUCAAUUGUCAGCAUUUAUGAUGUGUAGCGGACGUGAUGAAUUACAGACACGUGCAGGCUGGGAUGGUAAAGGUUCAGCUUCCAGAGCAGCACUUAUGGAUAGAUUGCAGAGGUAUCUUCCACCUUCCAUUAUGCUGCCACCACGUCGGCUUCAUUCAUUGCUUUGUCAAGCAGUGGAAAUGCAAAAUCAGCAGUGCACAUACCAUGUAACGCAUAUGCAGACAAGUUUGGAAAAUGUGUCGCUGCUUGUGGACCACAGUUGUAGCAAAGAACAAUUUCCGUGCCAUACUGUACAAUUGCUGAAUGAUCAUUGCGACGAAGUUUGGUAUUGCAAAUUCUCUCCUGAUGGUCUUAAAUUAGCCACAGGUUCUAAAGAUAUGACUGUGAUUAUUUGGGAUGUCGAUCCGGAAACCUUAAGAGUAACGCACAGGAAAACGUUGGAAGGACAUACAUAUGGCGUUGCGCUUAUAGCUUGGAGUCCAGACAGUAGCCAUCUUAUUGCUUGUGGUCCUGAAGAUUGUCCUGAAUUAUGGCUUUGGUGCGUGGAUACGCCUGACUGUGAAUUACGUGUUAAAUUAACGCAAAGUACCGAUGAUUCUCUGACAGCCUGUGCCUGGCAUCGAGAUUCAAAUAAAUUUGUUGCUGGAGGACUUCGUGGUCAGUUCUAUCAAUGUGAUAUGGAUGGUAAUGUCUCAGAUUCAUGGGAAGGCGUUAGAGUUAAGUGCUUAUGGUGUAGAAGCGAUGGAAAAACUGUUUUAGCAGCUGAUUCUCAUCAUCGAAUUCGAGGAUAUAAUUUUGACGAAUUAUGUGAUUUUACAAUAUUACAAGAGGAUCAUCCUGUCAUGUCCUUUAGUGUAAACAAAGCGGAUAGACUUGCUUUACUUAAUGUGGCUAAUCAGGGUGUACAUUUAUGGGAUUUACAAGAUCGUUGUUUAGUAAGGCGUUUUCAAGGUGUUACCCAAGGACAUUUUACAAUUCAUAGCUGUUUUGGAGGUAUCAAUCAAGAUUUUAUCGCAUCUGGUAGUGAAGACAAUAAAGUGUACGUAUGGCAUAUCAAGCGAGAGCUCCCCAUAGCGACUUUAACAGGGCACAGUCGAACGGUUAAUUGUGUUUCGUGGAAUCCUGUUUAUCAUCAAAUGAUGGCUUCUGUAUCUGAUGAUUGUACAGUUAGGAUAUGGGGACCAAGGUCUUCCUCUCCCGAAAAAGCUGAUAAUGAUAAGACUGCAUCGGUAGAAAGUGCAUCCUCAAAUAGCAGUGGCUGGCACGAAAUGGUAUCGUAGCGAAUUACAGCACAUCAAAAUUCCCAUGACUUCAUGGUGUUCAAAAGACUGUUUUACUGAAUGUCAUGCUGACUUUUUCCUGCCCAUCGCAAUUAUCCCUCUGUGCCUCACUAUCAUCAAUUUAUAGACCAUCAAUUAAAUGUGGAGGUAAAUGGGGGAUAUGGACGUUAGCAAUAAACUGCUAACUAAUAAAAUGCUAAUCAGAUAUGUAAAAAUUUGGGAACUUAUGUGUACGUUUCUUUUUGGUUGAUUUACGGAUUUUAUAUAAUAUAUAAUCCGUCUCACUAUAUCUCACAUUGAGCUGUGUGAUUUAUUCAUACGAGGUAAUACUUGAAAAUAAAAAGAGAGGAGCAUAAUAAAAAAUAAAUAUAAUAUGUUAUGGCAGUAUAGAAACUAAAGAAAUUCCGUCUUAGAAUUAGUGUAAGGGUGAAGGUUUAUAUGCAUGAAUAAAGAAAUUACGAAGAGGGCAACCAUUUGGUCACACUGUUUUGACAAGGAUUAUGUGAAAUCUGUUUAAUCAUGCUAAUAAAACACAUUGUAAAUAACAGUCGUACGUGUAGUGAAUCUCUAACUCGUUUUAUAUUUCAUCAGUGGAAAAGACAAGAUCUAUGUUUCUAGCAUACAAACCGAACUUGACGUCUUAUAUCGAACGAGAAUGCUUCAUGUGAUAUGCUGUUAAUCUUGAAAGGUUACUAGAUGAUUAAAUAUAGUGAACACAGAAAAUAAGAGAAAAGAAUUUCGAACUUUGUAUAUUGCCAUGCAAUAAAAAAACAAAUAAAUACAGGUUUUAUAAUUAUAAUUUUGUUUAAUAGAAGGAACUUGGAGUGCAAAGAUGAAAAAUUUUACAAGUUUAUCUCUAUAAUUUUAAUACACAAAAUCGAGUGUAUAAGUAAACAAUGUAUAAUUAUGUUUGUAUGUUUGUCUUUUAACUGCCACAUUUUCAAAAUAAAAACUCGAUUCAAAUUUCAA